UCUAAAACCAGUGAAGAAGACACAGCAGAAGUGAAGUAGAUGCAGGCUAGCAAACCGGUUAGCUGUCUGGGCUAGUUUUGCCUUUUUACUGCGGGGUACGACGAACAAACAGCUCUGUCACCCCGAUAACGUCGGCUCAUUUGUACGCCGCAAUGCCGGUCCACUCUCGGGAGAAGAAAGAAAGCAACCACGAGGACAUGGAGGUGGACUUUCCCGAGCAGGACGGCAGCAGCACAGACGAAGAGGACACCGUUAGCUCCUCCGUGUCCGAAGAUGGAGACACCUCCGAGAUGGACGAUGAAGACUGCGAGAGGAGGAGGAUGGAGUGUCUGGAUGAGAUGACCACUCUGGAGAAACAGUUCACUGACCUGAAAGAGCAGUUGUACAAGGAGCGUUUGAGCCAGGUAGACAUCAAGCUGCAGGAGGUGAUGGCUGGCUGUGCCCAGGAGUACCUGGAACCUUUAGCCAACCUGCAGGAGAAUAUGCAAAUCCGGACCAAAGUGGCAGGCUGCCGUUCACAUGAAGAAAGCAACGGGAGAUUGUUUUCAUCAGGCAUCUACAGGGAGCUGUGUUUGGAGUCGGUGAAGAAUAAGUAUGAAUGUGAGAUCCAGGCAGCCUGUCAACACUGGGAGAGUGAGAAGUUGCUGCUGUUUGACACUGUGCAGAGUGAACUGGAGGAAAAGAUAAGAAGAUUGGAAGAGGACAGACACAGUAUUGAUAUCACCUCAGAGCUGUGGAACGAUGGAUUGCACUCGCGUAAGAACAAGAAGAAAGAUCCGUUCUGCCCUGUCAAGAAGAAGAAGCCCGUUGUUGUGUCCGGGCCUUAUAUUGUUUACAUGCUGCAAGAUCUGGAUAUUCUUGAAGACUGGACAGCGAUAAGAAAGGCAAUGGCAUCGCUGGGGCCACACAGGGCGAAGGUGGAUGUUCCGCCAGUCAAGUCUGACAGACAUCACCAUGUGGCGCGCUCCGAGGACGGUCGACUCUUCUAUGACAACCAGUGGUACUGCAGGGGACAGGCCAUCUGCAUCAACAGGAAGGACGAGUAUCCGACAAGUGCCAUCAUCACCACAAUCAACAACGAUGAGGUGUGGUUCAAACGACUGGACGGCACCAAGUCAAAGCUGUACAUCUCCCAGCUGCAGAAAGGCAAAUACACCAUCAAGCACUCUUAAAACUCUCACCGACACUCAAACACAGACACGUGCAGCACUAAGACCAUCAUCUUUCGCCAUGUUUCUCUUGCCUCGCUCCCGUGUUUUUUGCCAUGUUUUGCCAUAUGUAUAGUACACGUACACUAACGUCCUGAGAUUUUACUCUCGAAAGCCUGACAAACGCACACAAACACACACCUCAUUUCACUCCUUCUUUGUGGAAGUAUCGAAAGGCAAAGGAACAAUUGACCCUUUUUAGAAGAUGGUCUACUCUGUAAAUAUGUAUAUGUAUGUUGAUAUUAUCGCCGAGGCCACAAAGUGGAACGGGAGAUCAAUGCAAAGUGCUGCUAAAGAGAGGAAAAAAAAAAAAGAAAGGAGAAAAACUGGAGCAGUUGCGAACUGUGAAGCUCAGUCGAGUGCCUUUCUGAGACGAGACAAUGCCUCGGCUGAAAAAAAAACAAACUACCAAUGCAGUGAAGCCUUACUCUGUACUGUGCUAGCACGAGGUGGACUGAAGCGGGUCAAUAAGCGAGUGAGUGAGUGAGAAACCCCCCGAUCCAGGUGAGGACGCUGUCAAACUUGAAUUUCAUGCUCCACAGAGUCUAAUAAAUCUGUAUUUACGUCCCCAGGGUUUGAAAAAAAAAAAAGCCAAUAUAGAGAUAGAGAAUGAAUUGAGUAGAUGAUUAUAUUAUUAUGAACAUGAUGAGAUAAAAAUAUUCCUCAAUAACACCCCAGGGUUUGGUUGAAACCCAGUGGGGUAACCACUGUACUUAAUGAUUUCUUGAUGUUUUGAUGUUUCAGUGUAAUUUUACCAGCAUGACAUUUUUAGGUCAAAUCAAGGCCAGGCCGUUGGAAAAGAAGUCUAAACGUGCGGAAAUGGGAAGUUCUCUGUACAUAGAGACGUCCGUGUGUGUUGUAUUUAGUUCACUAUGUUUUGUUUUCCAUCUCCUUCCUCUUAUGUUGCCAUUGGUGUGACAGUGCCUCGAAUCUUUUAAAGGAAUCGGUUUCUUCCUGCCGUUUUCCGUAAAUGGGGCUGUUGUGGCUCCCUGUAGAGUAGGUGGUUAUUUUCUGUGAGGUGUCGCGUACAAAGUUAACUCAUCAAUUUCCAAAGUGCAGUAUAUUUUGAAUGGAAUCGAGCAAUUUUGAAACGUACGUCAAUUUUCCAAAAAAAUUAGCUGAAUAGUUUUGUGCAUCGUUUUUUUUUUUUUUUUUUUUUUAAUGGUUAGCUUGAAGCAGAAUCAGACCACGGUGCCAUGUUUCAUAUUUUUUGUCUUUUAUCUAGCCUGACAUUAUUUAAAUACUGUAGUGUAAAUGUUACGUCUCUCUCUUUAAAAAAAAAAAAAAGAAAAAAUCCAAAAGUAUUUCUGGUUUCCCACCUUCUCUUGUUUUUGUUUCUCUUCCGUUGUCACUUCUCUUUCCCUAUUCCUCUUUGUCUGUGUCUUAUCUGUCAAUAAAAAAAUACCCUCCGCAUUUAUGCAUUAACAGUACACAGAGAGAGCAAAGUUAAGGGACUUUUUUGGAAGAGGAACUCAUCCUAUGUUAAUUACAUUUGGUGCAAUGACGGAUGAUCUUUCUUUGUAAUGUCGUUGUGGUAUUUUAUCCUCUUCAGUCAUACGUCCAGUACAUUUCUCUCGGUAUUUACCAUAAACAGGGUUCCCACAGGUCCGAGAAAUCUUUGCAAGUUUUUGAAAACCGCCCGAAAUAGACAUGGGUCAUUGAAAGUGCUUGAAUUUUUGUGCAAGAAAGACGUUAAGUUGAUAUUUAGGUAAAUGUCUCCCUUGUUUGUUGCGACGGCACCUACUCUUUCAUGCGUCCUGCAUUGUUUGAUGAACGUAGACUAGACCGACGUAGAACUACUGUCGAGUCGUAAUUACUAGCGGUCUCUCUCUGCUGUUGACGUGAGAUUCCAUGCGGAACAACGAGAGAGAGCAAAUUCCAACUUCCCUAAGAUCCCAAGGACAAUCACUUAGCCAGAUCUCCCAUGUGAAAGCACAUUCGGUCCUUGGAUUUGAGGGGAUUGACCCUGGAAAAUCCUUGAAAAGUCCCCAGGUUUGAUGUCAACCAAUGUGUGGGAACCCUGGAUAAAGGAAAGUGUUGGUAAAGUUGGUUUUUUUUCAAAGUUCUGCUUUGUUUUUAUGGAUCAUGAUUACUUUUCUACAGUAGAGGUAAAAUGUUCCAAUGCAUGUACACCUGAUUAAAGUUUUUGGUUGUAUUAA